AGCCAGGCUCUCGAUAUAGAAUCAAUUAUCGAGACCAACGGCGAUCGAUUGCAGAAGUAAACGACGGGUCACGCUGUCCCGUGCACCACUUUUGGUCGGCGCGCCCUCCCUCAGCUCACGUUCCUCCACGGAAUCCUCGAGAAAUAAUAGCUCCGCAAUUGCAAUCAAUGGCGAAUCCAUCUUCGGCCAUGUCGACCAGGAGGCGAACUUUGCUCAAGGUUAUCGUUCUCGGCGACAGCGGUGUUGGAAAGACGUCGCUGAUGAACCAAUAUGUGCACAAAAAGUUCACGCAGCAGUAUAAGGCCACCAUUGGCGCUGAUUUUGUCACCAAAGAAAUUCUAGUUGAUGACAGACUCGUUACCUUGCAGAUUUGGGAUACUGCAGGACAAGAAAGAUUCCAGAGUCUUGGUGUUGCAUUCUACAGAGGAGCUGACUGCUGCGUCUUGGUCUAUGAUGUUAAUGUCCGAAGAUCAUUUGACACUCUUGAUAAUUGGCAUGAUGAAUUUCUUAAUCAGGCUAGCCCUUCAGAUCCCUCAACAUUUCCGUUCAUUUUGCUUGGUAACAAGAUAGAUUUAGAUGGCGGAAACAGUAGAGUGGUCUCUGAAAAGAAAGCGAUAGAGUGGUGUGCUUCUAGGGGCAAUAUACCUUACUUUGAAACCUCCGCAAAAGAGGAUUACAAUGUUGAUGAUGCUUUUCUUCGUGUUGCUCAACUUGCACUGCAACAUGAUCGUGAUCAGGAUAUAUACUUCCAAACCAUUCCAGAACCUCCAUCCCAAUCCGACCAAAGGAGUGGAUGUGCUUGUUAGGUUAGCUGCUGCAGAUACACUGCGUGGAUUCUCCUGGUCUGUUGAUUAAUUGAAGUUUUCUUUUUGUUAAUUUCCUGUUACCGUACGUUUUGGAGACGUAAUCGGUAUCCUGUGCGUUUGAUCAUCUAUUGGUGAAUUUUGUGGCCAAACAGUUUGGGUAGUCUGGUAAGCGAAGAGAUGAGCAACCAACAAGACAAAUCUUUUGGGUUUUACCAUGCUUGCAACAGCAUAUGGUAUAACAACCGGAAGUAGGAAUAUCUGUUGGUCUUGUGGACGCCAAUUCUGUGCCUGUUGGUUUAGUUUAUCACUUUUCAAAAUAUAAUGAUUUUUCUUAUAUGUUUAUUUUUGUGUAAGACCACAUAAAUAGUGAUGAUCACUUGUUACUCAAAAGUAAAAUGCCAAUUCUGAUUGUUUACGUA